AUGUUUUUACUCUAUCUUCACCUUCUGCACGGAGCAAUCUUCGCACAAGUGGUGACUACUGGAAAUGUGGUUCGAGUCGAUGUCGGUGUGAUGAUGUGCAAGGAUAAUAAGGCAAUACUUCACUAUAUUGCACGUUCCCUCAACACCCGAACACCUUGCAAACUUUAUCUGUUUUCAGGACAUGGCGUCGUCGGUCGGAUGGCAAACCUCUGCAUCGGCCAUCGAAAUAGCGAUGGAUCGUAUCAAGUCGGAACACUUGAUCGAUGGAGUCGAUAUCAAGUACUCCAAGUUUUUGUAUUGAAAACAUGAUCACUUCUAGCUUCAUCUACGUGUUCGACGACUGUAGCGAGUCGAAAGCAGCCGGACUAUCGUCGAAACUAAUGAUGGACGCCAACGUUAGCGCAAUAAUCGGUCCGACGUGUAAUCAAGCGGGGCUGGCUGUGAUCAACUUGGCCGGAUACUAUAACACACCUGUACUCACGUGGGGACUCACAAUAUCGUCAAAUUUUAUCGAUGUGGGGCGAUAUCCGACUGCUAUCACCAUUGUUCCCGUGGCUAAGUCGUGAGUUUGAACGUUCUGUUCGGCUACCCUAAGCCAUAAACUUUAGAAUCGCCGCGGCGAUCCACGAAGUAAUGACACAAUUCGGAUGGGACGAGUUCGUGUACGUGUUUGUGGAAGACGAAAAGUGCGGAUACUUUCGGGACGAUUUGGAACAGAUCACUGCGAAUUCAAAUUACACGUCGCUCAGUAGAACUAUACAGAUUUACGACCAGAGCUACGCGAAUUUGUACAAACAACUGGAGAAAUUGAAGACUGUCUCGAGAAGUGAGUCUCAAAUCGUGUAUGACUGCAAAGUUACAGUUUCAGUUUUCACGGUAUGUCUUCCUGAGGCAGGAGACAUCAAACGUCGGUUUAUGCUGGCCGCCUACGAUCUGGGAAUGACUUCUGAAGAAUAUGUAUACUUGUUCGCUGGCCCAAAGUCGACUGCCUACCGUAAUUUCAUGUCAAACCUUUCGAAUGUCUAUGAGAGUUUCAGAACAAACCUCAUCAAGUGGAGAAGUUGUGGGCAUUUGGGUGGACUGGAGUGAUAAACCGGACGGGCGGGACGAAGAGGCAAAGUUGGCGUUUAUGAGAACGAUGGUCAUAGUGGCGACGCCUGUCCAGGGCGAUAAGUACGCGGCGUUCAAGAAGGAGGUGAUUGAAAGAAUGAAGCUUCCGCCGUAUAACUGCAUUGAGGAGUGUAGCGAUAAACAGUAUCAGGAGGUGAGUAAUAAAUGAUAUUCUGGAAAACGAGAGACUUUAGGCAGCCGAAUACGCAGAUCAGCUUCACGACACAGUCUACUUGUAUGCAAUUAUUCUAAAUAAAACAAUAGAGGAGCAAGGCAUUGAACAAAUCGCCAAUGGCAGCAACAUCGUCACUCGAGGCUCCGGAAUCGAGUUUGAAGGAAUGUCCGGAACUGUCCGCAUGAAUGGCAUUGGCUAUCGCUUCCCAAACAUGAAUCUCGCUAAUCUCGACUCUAAUGCAACACAAAGAACUGUCGCCUUUAUGGAUAUUGAUGCUUCCAGUGUGGUGAGGCAUACUUCACUUUUGAAAGUUACUAGACAGUGUUUCAGAACUGGACGUUUGCCAUAGUAGAUGAGCGACUCAUCUGGGAUGCGUACAGCGGAGUCACUCCCCGGACCCGUCCACAGUGUGGAUAUUCUGGAAAUAGUUGUCCCGUCAACUUCUUCGUCGACUAUCUCUACAUUGUGAUCAUAGUCGCGGUGAUUAUAGUUUUCUGUUGUGCUGCCGCCGUCAUCGCAGCCUACUUGGUCAUCAAGGCCCGGAAGGAUGAGGAACUGAGGCUCGACGAUCAGUGGAUGGUGCCCUAUGCUAUGCUUCAAUCGAUAUCUAAAGGAAAGCGGGAAAGCCAUCACAUCCACUCUUCGCGAUCUCUUCAAAGCAACUCCACAACAACGACGGGAACCACUGGCGUCUCUUCAAAAUCUGUUUUCUUUCCGGAGACGGAGACCCAAGGAUAUUUUGUCUAUGGCAAUGAGCCGGUUUUGGCAAGGAAGUAUCAGUUGCGAGUGCCGAUUUUCAAGCACGAUAGAGCCGAACUCCGAAUGCUACGAAGCAUUGAGCACGAUAAUGUGAAUCGGUUUAUCGGUUUGUCCAUUGACGGACCGGUAUACAUGUCGUUUUGGAGAUAUUGCAGUCGUGGCAGUAUAAAGGUUUGUUGCAAAUGUAAUGGUCAUACGCCAUAUGAUUCAUUAACUUGUAGGACGUCAUCUCUAAGAGUUCAAUCAACAUGGACGGAUUCUUCGUUUACUGUCUGAUGAAAGAUAUCGCAAGUGUGCGUGAGAAUCCCGUCAUUUGAUCACAAAGUAGUUCUCUUGCAGGGGCUUCAAUACAUCCAUAACUCUCCGAUUCGACAACACGGAAGCCUCACCUCUGACUGUUGCUAUAUCAAUGAUAGGUGGCAAGUGAAAAUCGGCCAGUACGGACUGUCGUUCAUGCAAAGUGUGGAGAAGCCCAGCGAAGAUGGUAGUUGAAUUGGAAAGUUGAACUGAAGAAAUCAAUUGUAUCAUUUCAGCACUGCUUCACACUGCUCCUGAAGUGCUACGCGACGGUCUCAUGUCGGGCACGCAGCCCGGUGAUGUUUAUAGUUUUGCGAUUGUUUGUUCGGAGUUGGUCGGACACUGCUCCGCGUGGAACCUGGAAAAUCGCAAAGAAGAGCCGGAUGGUGAGUCUUACAGUGUCAAUUCACAAAAUUCGUUCAUAUUUCAGAGAUCAUUUUCAUGGUGAAACGUGGCGGGCGCCAGCCAUUCCGCCCGAGUCUCGACGAAGCGGAUGAGGACGUGAAUCCGGCGAUGCUGCACCUAAUUCGCGAUUGUUGGGACGAGGAGCCGAAGCAACGGCCCAAUAUCGACGUGGUCAACAAACUGAUGAAAAAUAUGAACUCUGGCAGGUCUGGGUAAGACCCCCCCAACUGACAAACGAACUGAUUGAUCGAGAGACUAGUGAAAAUGUGAAAAGCAAAUGUUUGCUUUCACGUUCCUUGCCACUGAACACCCGAAUCAGGGAGCAAACUACGAAUGAAUACUGUCAACGUUUCCAGAAGUGCAAAUCUCAUGGACCACGUGUUCUCGGUGCUGGAAAAGCAUGCGUCAAGCCUCGAGGAUGAGGUUCAAGAGCGAAUGAAGGAGCUGGUUGAGGAGAAGAAAAAGAGCGAUAUUCUGCUGUAUCGCAUGUUGCCCCAGUAA